AUGGAGAUCGCCAACCUCGAUGUGGAGAUCCGAGACAAGACCGCAGAGAUUGAAGAUGCAGAGGAUGAGGAGACUGUGGCGAGACUCACUGCUGAGAUCGAACAGCUCAAGGAUCGUAAGCAGAAGCUGAAGGAAAGAGCCAGAGAAGAAGACAGAAAGGCCAAGGCCAUCAAGCAGGCCGGGCAGUUCAAGCUCACAAGCGAGAACGUGCUCUCGCAGGAGUGGCAUGAUAGCCGCUACUAUGGGGCAAGGAAGGCUGGCGUGAAAGACGAGGAGUACCAGAACGAUAUCCUUGAAGGCGUCGAGACAGAAGGCGUGGAGGACAUUGGCGGUGGAAAGGUGCGUGUCCUGACGGGCGAUGCACGUGUCGCCAAGAAGAGCCAGCUGAGGCAAGCGGACCAGACCAAGUUCGUGCAGGCAGCAAGGAGGUACCGGAGUCUGACACAAGCUGAGGUGUCAAGGUUUAAGGUAGAGACGAAGGAGGAUGAGGCGAAGGUUAUGGAAAAGAAGCGGGUGAACCUGUUCGCCAAGAGGCUGAGGCACAUGACGCCUCAGAAGAAGCUGGAGAGGAAACAGCGAGUAGCGGCCGCGAAGAAGAGGAGAACUGUCUGCAGGAGCAUGGUUUGGCAUGGAAAGUGCAAAGAUGGAGACAAGUGCAAGUUCGACCAUGACGUGGCCAAGUACGAGAAGGCCAACCUGUGCCCGCAGUUCAUACACGGGCAUUGCAGGCAGCUGACGAAGUGCAAGAUGAAUCACGAUGCGGUGGAGCGAGAAAUCUGCCGAAUCCUGAAGAGGCAGAAGAAGGUGAAGAGGAAGAAGAGCGAGGCGCAGACAGGUCAGAAAGGAGCGAGUCGGACCUCUGGUCCGGCCGACUCCGAUUCUGGCGGUUCUGCAAUGGAGCAAGAGGAUGCAAAAAGUACGGUGAGGCUGAUCGAGGCCAAGGAUGUGAAGAGUACAGUGAGGUUGGUCGAGGCCAAGGAUGUGAAAGAUCCCUCAUCGUUUGAGGCUCCCUAUGCAGAGCAAGGAGAAUGGAUCUCCAUGAAUUUCGACACCGGAGCGGCUGUCACGGCGAUUCCAAAGAAGCUGAGCGACUACUUGGAGUUGAAAGGUGACCCUAACUCCAGCAGCUACAAGACGGCCAGUGGUGAGUUGCUUCCAGACGAAGGCGGGGCAGUCAUGCGUGGAUAUACUAAUGACUGCUGCGGACGAAGCAUAGAGGGCCGCUUGGUGGAUGUCCAUCGAUUGCUGGUCUCAGGAAGUGCGGUGUCGAAGAAGAAUGUGGUGAUCCUGGAUGGCAAUGAGGGUUGGAUUAUCCCCCGGGACAGCAAGAUCGGCAAAGGCGUCCGCGCGACUCGCGACGACCUCAUCAACCAGAACUACAAGGAGGCAAAGAUGAUCACGAAGAUGUACGAGAGGAAAGGCAUCUUUCUCUUCGACCUGUGGAUGGACAAGCACACCAAGAUGAAUGGUGUGGAUGCCAAGGAGCUCGGAGCAGUGCAAGGUGAAGAGUCUGCUGAGGGUGAAGGUGGUCGGAAGCCGAAGCUGUUGCGAUCGCCGGUCACCAUGACAGUAGACGAGAUUGAGGAGCACGAAACGCAGGCGACCAUCCAUAGGACCUGGUGUGGUCACUGCAUGCGUGCUCGUGGACUACACGAACGACAUGCUUCAGAAGCUCAGAAGGGAAAGGAUGAGAGAGGAUUGCCGAUCAUCUCCAUGGACUACUUCUGGAUGGGCAAGGACUCCAAGAACAGAGACGUGCCGGAUCCUGAGGGUGAGUUACCGUCUCUGCAGAUCAAGGAUGAACACACAGGCUUUGUAUGGGCCAGUGUGGUACCGGCGAAAGGGGCGGACCUCUACGCCGUCAACUUUGCCAUCCAGAGCGUCGAGGAGAGCGGCUACCGGAGGAUCGUGCUCAAAUCGGACAAUGAAUCGUCAAUCAAAGCUUUGAAGAGUGCGAUCAAAGAGGGAAUCAAGAGCGUCGAGAUCGUGAUGGAGGAAGGUAAGACAGGUGACUCGCAGUCGAACGGAAGCUGCGAGGUGGCGGUCAGGGAGACCAAGAGGCAAGUCAGGGCGAUGAAGAGCGCCCUGGAAGAGAAGAUGGGUCUGAAGAUCCACUCGAGGUGGAAGAGACCUUCGGUCACCUUCGGGAGAGUAUGGUUUAAGCCUCGGAGUUACGUGCGUUUGGCUUACGACACCAUGCGUGAGGGCCUGUUUCUGGGGGCCCAUGGGCGCAAUGGCGAUGCGCUCACCGAGGGCGUGAAGGGCGGAAGUGUGAAGAGAGUCCCCGACGAGACGAAAUUCGACCAGAUGUGCGGCACGCCAUGGAAGAUGAGGCCAAAGAGGCCUGAAGACCUAGUCGCGCCCGCCGUUGCUCUUCCAGCGGUCCCUGAGGGAGUUCGUUUGAUGCCUGAGCCCUCCGAUAAGGGAUCAGGUCAAGUCAGGAAUUUGUACGUCAAGAAGGCCGAUGUGGAGGGAAACUUCACUCCCGGCUGCGAUGGCUGCAAUGCCAUCGUGGGGCUCCCUGCAAGGUCCCACAGCGUGGAAUGCAGAACGCUGGUUGAGCAAAGGCUCAUGGAGACCGAGGAGGGGCGCGACUGCGUCAUGAGGGCAAGGAAGAGAAAGGCGGAUGCCGCCGGAAAGGAGGAUAAGUCAGGAGACGUGGUGGUUCCCGCCAUAGAAGGCAUGCCAGACAUGGAGGAAGUUGCAGCUUCGGCCGUCGGCGACCGAUGGAAGAUCCUGCGGAAGGCCUUCACAGAGCUAAGUCCCCGGACAGAAGGGGACGUGGCCCUGGAAUCGGCCAUGCAGGAGAGAGAGGCCGGAGCUUCGAGCUCUGGGAGCGCUGGAGCACAGCCCUCGGGAGCUGAUCCUGCUAUAAGCUUUCUGGAGAAAGUGUGCAGUGAAGUGCUACUCGGGCUGGACAAGACGUUUGUGCCUGAGACAAUACAUGAGAUGAACCAGCUGUACCAAUCGUUGGGAAUGAGCGGCGCCGACGUGGCCGAGAUCUAUAACCCGAAGCGGUUCACGUCGAAUUCCAACGCGUUCGGUCUGCAGCCAGGCUUCGCGAUUGACUUGACGCUGCAGAAGGAUGAUGAAGGAGAAGCCCGCGUUCUUGAUCGGGUCACCACCUUGUGGGCCUUUCAGCCCACUGCAGAAUCUGAGCAAUCACAGGCGUACUUGGAACAACACCGGAACGGCCGAUACUUCCUUCACGAGCACGCGAAGCCUUCGAGAAGUUGGAAAGAGCCAUGCAUUGAGAAGCUACAAGCCAUGGACGGCGUCUACACGGUGCAGGCUCCGAUGUGCAAGUGGCAUAUGAAGGCUGAAGAUGGGCAAGGAGUUGGAUUCGUGCGCAAAGAGACGUGCUACGUCACCAACUCCGCCGAAAUGGCUAAUUAUAAGGCACUUGAAGGGCGCUGUGAAGGGAGCCACAGGCAUGUCCAUCUGAUCAACGGGCGGGCUCGUGAGGCACAAGUCUACCCGCCGAAGCUGGUGAACGCGAUUUUGAGAGGAAUCAAGAAGGAGCUCAUGAACGCAGGCGAGAUCAGUGAACUGUCUUCGAUCACUGCAGGUCCUUCGCCUGACGAGACAAGCAGCGAGCCCACAGAAUCUUUCUUCGACCCUGACGUCCAGACAGAAGGCGUCUUCUUCGAAUCCGUGACCGGCACGCCUCUGAAGACCGAGAAGGUCUGGGAGGCGAGACGCGAGGAGAUGACAUGGGUGAAGAAACAGGACCUGUACGAAGUGGUGGAUGAGCAGGUGAGCAAGUCGGGACAGCCUUUGAAGUUGCGGCUGAUUGACAUCAGCAGAGCACACUUUGGACAAGCCCGCCGACGGGUGUUUUGCAACUUGGGAGAAGAGAUCCCUGGCAAAUGCGCGCUCCUGAAGCGCAGCAUGUACGGCACCUUGGACGCGGCUUCGAUAUGGCAACACACGUAUGCUGAUGUUCUGAAGAACAACAUCAAGCAAUGCAAUGCAUGGCCCGCGUUGUUCUAUCAGGAAGAUAGUGAUCUGAGAUUCAUGGUGCAUGGGGACGAUUUCAUCUCCCUGGGUGACGACUUCGCCCAGAACUUUCUUGAGAAGGUCCUGAGCGAGAAGUUUGAGUACCGGGUGGAUGGCCAAAUCGGCCCUGAGGCCGCAGACGGCACAGCCAUGUGUGUUCUCAACCGCGUGCUGGAGUUCAACAAGGACACCGGCAUUCUCACCUAUGCAGACCCGCGAAACGCAGAGGACAUCAUCCGUGCCCUGAAUCUGGAGGAGAGCAAGUCAGUAUCCACUCCUGCGGAGAAGCAGAAGCUCACCGACGUGCUUGCUGAAGCCUCCGUGAGCUUGAGACUGCGACAUCGCACAGGCGGUCAAGUCCUUGGCCAGACACAUGACGUCGCCAACUUCGUACUCUUGGGGGCGACUCAAGCGGCUCGGGCGCUACCUUGUGGUCUGAGCUCGGGCGAGAGCGAGUUCUACGCUCUGGUGAAAGCUGGGGCAAUGGGGCUCGGCUUGCAGGCCAUGCUGGACGAGUGGCAGAUCCCCACCAG